AUGCCAUUUUAUUUUUGGAAUAAUAUUGGCCAGAUGAGAAAACUAUCUCCUUUCGAAACAUUUCCGAUUAAAGGUAAAAUAUGGGUCCAACUAGCAAUGAAAUUUGGUUCUAAAUCAGAUGCUUUUGACGUAGCAAAUUUAUUGAAUCACAAAGUUUUAGGAACUCGACUAAGAUCCGAUGGUACUCAUUUAAUACCACUCGAUAAAACACCAGAUAUAGUCAAAAUACCAGAAUUUCCAGAUUUAGUCCAAGCAACGAAAUUUGUUCAACAACAUCAUACUCCAUCAUGUAAUGAAACAUUAGGUAUUGUUACAUACAAUGACAACAUGGUUAUUUUGAAUUCCAACCAUACAGCUUCCGAUGGUGGAUAUUUAAUGGAACUUAAUAAGUACAUAUUAGGAGAAUCUGAUAUCGAAGACAAACAUUCUCCAUUACCUAUUUCCUUUGAUGAAGCAUUUUCUAAAUAUUAUAACAGUCUUCCUGGACAAACUAGCUUUACUACUACCCUCUACAAGUAUUCUUUAACAAAAUCGCCAAAGAAAGAUACAGAUCCUGCAGGUUUUUACAGAUUUGUUAUCCCACACGAACAAUUAAAAGCAUAUAAUAAAAAUACAAAGAAAGUUCAAAGUUUUACAGAUAACAUCUGGACAUCGUUUAUCCUAUCAUCAGCUGCACAUAAUGGAUAUCUUGACAACUACGGAUGCUUCGCCUGUGUUAACUUGAGACCAUAUCUUCCAAAAGUUACUUUUGACUAUGCAAACAUUUUCUCUCGUAAAGCUGUUGCAGUUCCAAUGAAAGACAGAAAUGAAACACUCCAGUCAGUUUGUUCUAGAUUCAGAAAAAUAUUUGACUCAAAACAAGCUUUAGAUGAUAUGUUUAGAUUGCAAAGAGAUGGUAACUUUAAAGCGCCUCUAAAUGGCAUGUUUAACUUAGAAACAUCUAAUGUUGGUGUUUACAAAGCAACAGGUCCGAUUUUAGAUAUUAAUGUUGCGCUUUACAUUCCAAACAACUUCACUGCUAACGAAUUGUGCUUCCUUACGUAUACCGUAGACCAUGGAAAGACGAAAGAAUUGAUUUGCCAACUUAGACACCCAACAAAUUUGGUUUCUACAGAGGAAAUCGGCAAAACAGCAGCAGCAUCAGAAUUAUUUAUGAGGAAUAUGGACUUAUCCUGCAAAGUUGGUGAUGUUUUUGAUGAAUUAGCAAAAUAUCAAUCUUCAUUAUGA